AUGCUGCGAUCCGCUCUCCGGUCGUCUGCGGCGUCUCCGCUCCUUCGCGGCGGUCUCGCCCAGCGUCGAGCCCUCUCCACCUCCUCCUCGCUCAACGCAGAGCGAGCUCCCCCUGGCGCCCUCAACAAGUACUCGCGCAUUAUCACCAAGCCCAAGGACCAGGGUGCAUCCCAAGCCAUGCUCUACGCCACCGAAGGUAUUCAGACCGACGAGGAUCUCACCCGCGCCAUGGUCGGCAUCGGCUCCAUCUGGUAUGAGGGCAACCCGUGCAACGCCCAUCUGCUCUCCAUCUCGCAGCGCGUCAAAAAGUCGGUUCAGGAAGCUGGUCUCACUGGCUACCAGUUUGGCGCCGUCGGUGUCUCGGACGGCAUCUCGAUGGGUACAGAUGCCAUGUCGUACUCGCUGCCCUCGCGUGAUCUCAUCGCCGACUCGGUCGAGUCCGCUUGCGGUGGUCACUGGCUCGAUGGCUGUGUGGUCAUCCCUGGUUGCGACAAGAAUAUGCCCGGUGUGCUCAUGGCGCUCGGCCGACUCAACCGCCCCGGUAUCAUGCUCUACGGCGGUACCAUCCGACCUGGUGGAUGCGCUAGCGUCGAAGGCUCGCUGGAUAUCGUCAGCGCCUUCCAAUCGUACGGCCAGUAUCUCGCCAACGGUGGCACUCCCGACGCUGAAAAGAUCCGCUACGAUACGGUCCGCAACGCCUGUCCCGGCCCUGGCGCCUGCGGUGGAAUGUACACCGCCAACACCAUGGCCUCGUGCGCCGAGGCACUUGGCAUGACCCUCCCCGGCUCCUCGUCUUUCCCCGCCGAAUACCCGGAGAAGAUCGCCGAGGCCGAAAACAUGGGCGCCGCCAUGCGUCUGGUGCUCGAGCAGGACAUCAAGCCAAGGGACAUCAUGACCAAGUCCGCCUUUGAAGAUGCCAUUGCGCUCACCAUGGUCCUCGGCGGCAGCACCAAUGCGGUUCUUCAUCUGAUUGCGGUCGCCCACUCGGUGGGGAUCGAUUUGCCCAUCGACGAGUUCCAGCGCAUCGCCGACGCCACACCCUUCCUCGCGGACCUCAAGCCAUCGGGCAAGUACGUCAUGGAGGACGUCCACUCGAAACUCGGUGGUAUUCCGACCAUCAUCCAGUACUGCAUCGAACAGGGACUCAUGAAGGGUGAGCACAUGACGGUGACGGGUAAGACGCUGGCCGAGAACGUGGACCGAUGGACGCAUCAGCGUGGCAAGCUUCCCGCUGGUCAGGAUGUGCUUCGACCCGUCGACCGUCCGCUCAAGAGCACGGGUCACAUCCGCAUCCUCAAAGGAAACCUCGCCCCGGGUGGUGCGGUGGCCAAGAUCACCGGUAAAGAGGGUCUCAGCUUCACCGGCAAGGCGAGGGUGUUCGAUACCGAAGAUGCCAUGGUCGCCGCGGUCGAGAAGGGUGAGAUCAAGAAGGGCGAGAAGACGGUUAUCGUCUUGCGAUACAAGGGACCAAAAGGUGGACCGGGCAUGCCCGAGAUGUUGAAGCCGACGAGUUUGAUCAUGGGUGCCGGGCUGGGGCAGGACGUGGCGUGUCUCACGGAUGGAAGGUUCAGUGGAGGGAGUCACGGGUUUGUGAUUGGACACGUGGUGCCCGAGGCGCAGGUGGGUGGGCCCAUUGCGCUCGUCCAGGACGGGGAUGUGAUCAGCAUCGAUGCGGAGUCGAACAGUUUGGAGCUGGUCGGUGUGGAUGAGAAGGAGUUGGAGAAGAGGAGGGCGGCGUGGAAGGCCUUGCCACUCAAGCCAAAGUCGGGUCAUCUGCUCAAGUUCGUGCGCAACGUCGCCGACGCUUCGCACGGAUGCAUCACCGAUAUGUGA